AUGAAUGAAACAAUUCCCAAUGACACCUCAAGAAGUGCUCCCCACGUUGCUGUCUUCUCGUUUCCAUCCUCAAGCCACCCUAUGUCUCUCUUGAUGCUCGUCCGUCGAUUAACCGCCGCCGCUCCGGAGGUGAUGUUCUCCUUCUUCGACACUGCAAAAUCCAAUGGCCAAACUUUCAAGAACAUCGACAAAGACCUUGAGAAUCUAAAAGUUUAUGAUGUAGAUGAUGGGUUACCAGAAAACUACGUACUCACGGGCAAAUGGGGAGAGGAAAUCGAGCUUUUCAUGGCCGCGACGCCAUUCAAUUUUAAAAAGAGUUUAGAGGUCGCAGAGGUGGAAAGAGGAAGGAAGAUAACAUGUGUGUUGAGUGAUGCUUUCUUGUGGUUUUCUGGAGAAAUGGCAGUGGAGAUUGGGGUUCCUUGGUUGGCGGUUUAUUUUAGUGGAGCUUUUGCACUCACAACUCAUAUCUACACUGAUCUCAUCCGCUCAACCAUUGGAGUUGAUCCAAAUGCAAUAGCUGGACGGGAAGAUGAAACUCUUGAGUUCAUUCAAGGAAUGUCGUCCGUACGUAUUCGAGAUUUGCAAGAUGGAAUCAUCGUAGGGAACUUGGAGUCUGCGUUCAAUCGAAUGCUACAUCGGAUGGGCCAAAUGUUGCCACGUGCAACUGCUGUUGUGAUCAAUACGUUCGAGGAAUCGAAUCCUACGAUCAUCGAAGACCUCAAUUCGAAGUUCCAAAAGUGCCUUUCAAUUGCACCCUUCACAUCACUGACUUAUCCACCACCGUCCGAUUCAGAUACUACUGGUUGCCUUUCAUGGCUGGACAAGCAGAAGCCUUCCUCUGUAGUAUACAUUAGUUUCGGCACAGUAGGGGCGUUGCCGGCACAUGAGUUGGAAGCAUUAGCAGAAGGAUUAGAAGGUAGUGGAACACCAUUUCUGUGGUCUCUCAAUGAUAAGCUGAGGGAACAAUUACCGGUUAGUUUCCUAAACAGGACAAGGGAGUGGGGACUCAUAGUCCCUUGGGCUCCUCAGUUUCCUAUCCUACAACACAGAGCAGUAGGUGUGUUCAUGACACAUUGUGGAUGGAAUUCAAUAUUAGAGUGUAUCUUGGCUGGGGUUCCGGUGAUCGGCCGCCCGAUUUUCGCAGAGCAACACUUGAACGGACGGUUUAUUUCCGACGUAUGGGGUACUGGAAUUAGAAUUGAUGGUGGGGUCUUCACCAAAGGUGGAGUGAUUAAAGGACUAGAAUUGAUUUUAUUCAAUGAAGAAGGGAAGAAAAUGAUGGAGAAGGUCCAAGCUUUUAAAGAGCUUGCAGAAAAGGCAAUUGAAACUGAUGGUAGCUCUACUAGGAAUUUCAAGACACUCUUGCAAAUUGUAUCAACUACCUAAUACACUAAACUAAACAUAUGUAGU